AUGUCUGCGUCUUUCUUUAUCCCAAAUAAGAAUGUUGGCAACCAAGCUGACUCUGAAGAUUGGAGAAUCCGUGGUUAUAACCCUUUGACUCCCCCGGACCUGCUCCAGCACGAAAUCUCCCAAACCUCCGAAUCAAAGAAGACAGUCCUCGAGGGCCGCAACGAAACUGUCGCUAUUGUCAAUGGCACCGACGAGAAGAACCGAUUGCUCGUUGUUAUUGGCCCAUGUUCCAUCCACGACCCCGCGGCUGCCCUUGCCUACUGCGACCUCCUCUUGAAGGAGAAGGAAAAGCACAAGGAUGAGCUUCUUAUUGUUAUGCGAUCUUACCUCGAGAAGCCGCGCACAACUGUUGGCUGGAAGGGCUUGAUCAACGACCCCGAUAUCGAUGGCAGCUUCAAGAUUAACAAGGGUCUGCGCAUCUCUAGACAGCUCUUUGUUGAUCUGACUGCCAAGGGCAUGCCUAUUGCCAGCGAAAUGCUGGAUACCAUCUCACCCCAGUUCCUUGCUGAUUUGCUCUCAGUCGGUGCCAUUGGCGCCCGUACAACUGAGAGUCAGCUCCACCGUGAACUUGCCAGUGGCCUGAGUUUCCCUGUGGGCUUCAAGAACGGCACUGAUGGUUCUCUGGGCGUCGCUAUUGAUGCCAUUGGUGCGGCCCAGCAUCCUCACCAUUUCCUUUCGGUUACCAAGCCUGGCGUUGUCGCCAUUGUUGGUACUGAGGGCAACAAUGACUGCUUCGUUAUCCUCCGAGGUGGCUCCAAGGGCACCAACUUCGACGCUGAGAGCAUUGCUCUUGCUAAGGAGGCGCUUCAGAAGAAGGGUGUGCGACAGCGAGUUAUGAUUGACUGCAGUCAUGGAAACUCUUCCAAGGACCACAAGAACCAACCCAAGGUUGCUGCUGAUAUCGCCGGCCAGAUCUCCAAGGGCGAGGAUGGCAUCAUGGGAGUUAUGAUUGAGAGCAACAUUAACGAGGGUAACCAAAAGGUUCCCGCCGAGGGCAAGUCCGGACUCAAGUACGGCGUCAGCAUCACUGAUGCUUGUAUCAGCUGGGAGGAUACCAUCUCCACGCUCGACACUCUUGCGCAGGCCGUGAAAGACCGCCGCAAGCUUGCCAACUCAAAUGGUGCCUAA